CGUCACGGCGAUGACCGGAGGAGAGGCCAUCCUGCGGUGCCGUGCUGGGGGGUCGCCGCCCCCUCACGUGCUCUGGCGGAGGCACGACGGUCGGAUGCCGGUCGGUCGGGCGCGCCUCGAUGCCGACUACACUCUGAGGAUCACCGAACUCACCGUGGACGACGCCGGGGUCUACAUAUGCCAGGCCGAGAACGCCGUCGCUACCGUGGUGGCCAACGCUACGCUGACUGUCUACGACUCGCCUCGCCUGGUGUCCGGGCCCGCGGACGUGUCUGUGGUGCUGAACACGACGGUGCGCCUUCCCUGCUACGGGCGCGGCACUCCCCCGCCCACGCCCGUGUGGACUCACUCCUCCCUGCCGCAGCAGCCCCUCAGCCCGGGGUGGGCGGGCCAGCACGCCUCCGUCACCAGGGAUGGCACGCUGGUGCUCACGCCCGCGAGCGAAGACCAGGGAGGCUCUUGGACCUGCUCUCUCGUGAGUGAGGCCGGAGCCGCCCACGCCCGCGCCUGGCUCACUCUGGUGUCCCCCCGAGACACCCCGCCGCCCAUCAUCAGCGUCCCGCCCGCCAAUCAGACUCUCCCCGCCCGCACGCACGCCACUCUGCACUGCCGCGUACAGGGUCCGCCCACGCCCACGCUUACCUGGUAUCGAGGGGCGGCGCCCGUGAGGACCGACGGGAAGAGGAUCUCCGUGGACAGGGAGGGCGACCUCACCAUCACGAAUCUAAGCUAUAGUACUUAUACACGAAUUCCCUAUUUCCGUAUUGCUUUCUUAUUCACUUUAAGAUCUAAUCUAAAGCCUCCACGAGACCGACAGCGGCUGGUACACCUGCCUGGCCGAGUCGUGGUCUGGUUCCGCCCAGGCCUCCGCUUCGCUGCUCGUCGUGGCGGCGAGGACCCUCAGGCUGCCCGCAGUUUCCGCCGCGCUCCGUGCCCUCCGCCCUGCCUGGCCCUCCCGCCUCGUGUGACCAGUCUCACCAACGCCUCCGUCACCCUGGUGUGGGCGCCCCCCAUCUCCGUGGGCGAAGCGCCUCUUCUGGGCUACACCCUCGAGUCCUUCACGCCCACGGGGGAGAGCAGGACCGGCCUGUGGCGUGUGGUGGCGCGCGGCCUCACCGACCCCCGCUACACCGCCACCCUGGAGACCGGCCGCCCGCAGGUGUUCGUGGUGAGGGCGGCCAACUCGCUCGGGGAGUCGCCGCCCUCGCCCUGGUCGCAGGUGGUGGUCGUGGGCGGCCCCGAGAGCGUGACGCGCCUGGAGCACCAGGGGCCGCUGCAGGGCCGCCUCCUCAACCUGUCCUCUCUGGCCACCCUCACCUCCUCCUCCAUGAAGAUCACGUGGGAGUCCAUCUGUCUCCCCAGGUCGAGUCCCCCCCAGCGUAUACCUCCCCUCCCUCCUCUUACUCGUCCUCGUCUUCCUCUUCCUCCUCCUCCUCCGCGUCUUCUUCCUCUUCCCCGUCCACCUCUUCGGAAGACUACAUCCCUUGGGACACCGUCACUGUGAUGAAUGCAGGAGCUUCGAGCUAUGUGCUGACGCGGCUGACACCCAACACAGAGUACGAGGUGUUUCUUGUCCCCUUCGUCAGGACCGAGGAAGGCUUCCCGACAGCGCUCAGGGUCAAUACUACUCACCAAGACGCCCCCGCAGGACCUCCCCAGGACGUGUCAGUGCAUCUGGUCAACCUAACUCAUGCCUCCGUGACCUGGCGACCUCCCGAGGCUGACCUCCAACACGGGGUCAUCACUGGAUAUCAGAUCCUAACGCUUGUCAACGACAGUUCUGUUUUUCUCAACAAGACUGUGAACUCGUCUGCAUUCAGCUACCAGCUGGCACCCCUCAUCCCUGGCCACACCUACUCAAUCAGCCUAUUGGCUCUGUCUAAGAUGGGGGCGGGGCCAUCGUCACAACCAAUCAGACUUCAGACAGACCCAGCCCUGCUCAAUCCUUUAGCCAAUCGGCAUGCUGGAUUGUGGUCCGUGCAAUCCAGGUUGUUCAUCGUGUUAGUGGGCGGAGCAAUGUUCUUCCUGUUGUUGGUGUUUGUGGUUCUGCUCUACAUAAGGAGGUACCACAAUAAGGCAUCGAAACUCCCAACUUUAAAUGGUAAAGACUGA